AGCAAGUCUUUCUAUUUUGACCGGGAUGAUGUGGCUCUAAAGAACUUUGCCAAGUAUUUCCUGCACCAGUCACACGAGGAGCGUGAGCAUGCCGAAAAACUCAUGAAGCUGCAGAACCAGAGGGGUGGUCGCAUCUUUCUACAGGACAUCAAGAAACCAGAUCGUGAUGAUUGGGAGAAUGGGCUGACAGCAAUGGAGUGUGCCUUGCACCUGGAAAAGAAUGUGAACCAGGCACUCCUUGAUCUGCACAAGCUUGCAACUGACAAGAAUGACCCUCAUUUGUGUGACUUCAUUGAGACCCACUACCUGGAUGAGCAGGUGAAGGCCAUCAAACAACUGGGUGACCAUGUGACCAACCUGCGCAAGAUGGGGGCACCCAAAUAUGGGAUGGCCGAGUACCUCUUUGACAAGCACACCCUGGGGGACAGUGACAAUGAGAGCUGAAGUCUCAGAAUAGGCCACCCAUGGGUUUCAGUAGGUCUCCUAGCUUGCCCAGCAGUGCAUGCAUCUGCUGUUUAGAUAACGUCAUCCUGUACCAAAAAUCACACCUUUUUGUUUGUAUUUGUAACACCUUACAUCCAAUAAAGUGACUUGUUUCAAGUUUG